CGUGAUAAACGUGGGCGGGUCCCAAAGCUGUUUCCGGAAACAUGGAGGCUGUACUGAGUGAUGUGGUAGCUCCUGAAGACCUUUUAAAAUUUGAGAAGAAAUACAACAGUGAGCUGGUGAAGGGAGCAGUCUCCAAAGAAACAAAGUUUGAAUAUGCUUGGUGUCUGAUCAGGAGUAAAUACUCGGAGGAUAUCAAGAAGGGAAUUGCACUCUUGGAGGAGCUUGUUCAAAAGGCAUCAAAGGACGACUCCCGGGACUUCUUGUUUUACCUUGCAGUGGCCAACUACAGACUCAAAGAAUAUGAAAAAGCCCUGAAGUACAUCCGGACCCUUCUUAAGAAUGAGCCAGGGAACAAGCAGGCUCUGGAGCUGGAGAAACUGAUCGACAAGGCUUUAAAGAAAGACGGCUUGGUUGGCAUGGCGAUCGUUGGGGGAAUCGGUCUCGGCGUGGCCGGCUUAGCGGGACUCAUCGGCCUGGCUGUGUCAAAGGGAGCUGCCAAAUCCUAACCUGGACAUGAGACGACGUGUCUUUGUUUUGCUGGACUGAUACACUGACCUUUCCCCUGCAGAGAAAAUUAAAGCUUGUGUUAAAAGCUUGUUAAAGUUUGUUUGAAGGAUGUAACAUUUUGGUUUGAAGUUGAGUAUUUACUGAAGCUUAAUAAAGGGUUUAGA